CACCGGCGGCAGUGGCGUCAUCGUCCGGCGUCAGCCCGCCGAACCGCGGCGAACGGCGGCCGACGCGCCAGGUGUCAUUCAACGAGCUCGUGCGCGUGCGGCGCAUCCCGCGGCACUUCUUCUCCGCUGAUAUGACGGCCGCAGCGAUGGAUCUCGUGAGCGGGAAUGAUCCGACGGCUGGGAAUGAUCCGAGGAAUGAUCGGACGGCUGGGAGCGCGACGGCUGGCAGCGCAAGUCAAGGAACGGCCGGAUGGCAGUCGAUCAACGGUGUUCAUGCCUCCUCCCACGCUUCCCCUGCUUCCUCUGCUACUUGCCAAGGGCCGGUGGAGGCCGAGUCGCCCGGCGGAAGGAUUGGCGGAAGGAAGGGCGAUUCCGCGUCUGCGCCUGCGCCUGCGCCCGCGCGUUCUUCCGCUCACGCCGCUGCUUCCGCCGCCCAAACGCAGCCCAGAUCCGCCGCGCCUACGUCUUCCCCCACCCCUGCGCCUGCGCCUGCCCUCGUGCCCACGCCUCCCCCUUGGUCUUCCGCCGGCGGGGCGGGAGGCGUGCGGAGGGUGAGCAGGAGCGGAAGCUGGUCGUCGACCGGCGGCUCGGCUGCUGCGCGGAACGCGCUGCCGAGCGGAGCGAGCGAUGGGAGUGGCCGCGACGGUAGCAGCGGAGGGUAUCGCGCUGUUAACAUGGCAGCGCGGUUAGGGGAAGCGGCGGAACGGACGGAAGUGUUAGGGAGGGCAAUGGCGGGGCUAUUGCCGGAACUGGCCUUUCUCCGGGCGGCAAUGGCGGUUAUGCGGGCGGCAGCAGCGGCACGGGCGGCAGCGUCAUUGGUGGCGGUGGCAGGAAUGUGCCUGUUUUCGGAGAAACGGGUGGCAGAGGUGCGGCUGGGUUGGGUGCGCCUGUCCGACACGCCAGGAGCCGUAGCUUCGUGGAACGUUCGGGCAACGAUGUUGCACGCAUGGCCGCGUUGGCAGCAGCGGCAGGAGCAGUAG